AUGACGACUCCCACAAGUGCAUACAAGGAUCGCCAAUUUCUCGCCGUCAUAGGGGAUGAAGACUCCGUGACAGGCCUUCUACUAGCAGGAAUUGGCCACGUAACCGACCCCCCAGACUUACAACGAAACUUCGUCGUCGUCGAUGCCAAGACAGAAACCUCCGCCAUUGAAAAAGCCUUUCACAAUUUCACACAGGAACGGAAAGAUAUUGGCGUGUUAUUAAUAAACCAACAUAUUGCAGAACGCAUCCGAAACAGCGUGGAUUCGUUCACGGACGCAUUCCCCGCCGUUCUGGAAAUACCAAGUAAAGACCACCCCUAUGACCCGGACAAGGACAGUGUUCUGCGCCGCGUGCGGAGAUUGUUUGGGGAGUAA